AUUCGUUAGUGGGCGUUAUUGGCAUGCUGAUGAGGAUGCGCUGCAUCGGAACUAGCUAGCUACCAGUACUGCCAUUUGAAUGUCAACUCAAAAAUUUGUUUCACAGCUUAAAUGGCUUCUUGAACUGCUGCCAAUAGCUGCUGCGUUGCAGGGCCGCUGUCCCAUUGCAUUUUCUUCUUUGGCCGUGGGGAUUCUUACAUGCAGGAAGGGAUGAACAACAGAGAGACCAACAGAGAGCAUGGACAAGUUAGCCCAUGGUCGGAAGAGGCCGUGGACCGGAUCUGAUUACCCUUACCAGGUUGACUACAAUGAUCAUUUCGAAACUCCAAUGGCAGCCUAUCAAGAUAUUGCUCCCUUGCUGGACUGGCUGGGUAGCAGCAGUAUGGAAGAAGGAAGAGGGAAAGGAAGAAAGACCCUCUGCAUCUACGAUCCGUACUACUGCGAUGGUCAAACCGAGAGUCUCUUUCGCCAGCUUGGUUUUGAAGGAAUCAUCAACCGAAAGCGCGAUUUUUAUAGGGAUAUUGAACAGAAGCAGCUACCCGAGUUUGACAUUUUGGUCACCAAUCCUCCCUAUUCGGAUCAGCACAAGGAGAAAUGCCUGGAUUUUUCCAUGGAACAACUCAGAACGCAAGGAAACCCUUUCUUUUUGCUCAUGCCCAGCUAUGUGGCCUCGAGGGAAUAUUUCAGAUCCAGGGAUCAAAAGGGAGAUGUCAUGUACUUGAUUCCAUCGGUACCGUAUGAAUACACGCAUCCAGAGGGAACUGGAAAGGAUGUGCCACCUUUUGCAUCACUGUGGUUUUGUGGAAUCCCCAGAGACAAACAACAACAGCUCAUGGAUCAUUGGAAGACGAUUCCGUGGGAUCAUGGACGGAUCAAACCAUCCCUGGCUUCGUCAUGGAACGAUCUCAAAGAGACAGGAACCAUUUCGACAGCCAAGAGGCCCAACCCUCGUCAGAGAAAGAAACGAAGACAACACGCUCAGUCACUCAAUAAUUCGCAGCAGAAACCAGCAUCACAACAAAACACCAAAGGGGCUGCUGUCAUUACUAGCAACGACAAAAAAGCUCCCAGCGAGGCUCCAAAACACAAGAAGAAGCAAAAGAAAUCGAAACACAGGGAUGGCGAUGGUCAAAGGAAGAAGAAGCGGUUUUGAAUCCGAUUGGAGAAUGGGCGGCCCAUGGUUGAUGAUUGCUUCAGCAACAAGAGAAUUCAAAACCCUCAGAUCAGCCAGUAAGCCCGAGAGAUUCUGGAGAUCUUUUCUGCUGCCAGUCUCUUGCCCUGGAAUACCCCCCCAAUCAAUUGAUUUGACAAGGUGAUCCAGAGCGACUCAGCCAGUCUCUUGCAAUGAAUGUUGAUAGCAUGCGUGAUAGGCUGCCUGAGCUCACAAACAAAGUCUUUUCAACGACACCUUCGUCGGCUCCCCCAAGACCAAGCAACCUUGAGUCAAGUCAAGCUUAAACUGGCACAACGCCACGAUAAGUUCAUGUGAGUCACUGCGUUGUUGUGUUGCAGCAGCGGCCAGCUCCAGCAGGAAGCAACAUCGACGAGCCGCUAAAACCCAAGUGGCUAGAUCCAUUGGGUGUGGGUCGGCCAUUGUGACAUGCUCGCUCAGUUGGACCAGUGAUUAUAGCUAGCUUUCUUUUGCUUUUUGUUAGUUUAAAAUUCUUCCUUGUUAU